AUGAGGCCUCCUAAACUUGUUCAGGGGAGAUUGAAAUCAUUCACCCUGCACACCACACAGGAGGAUUUCAACAUUGAUAUAAGUGACGUCACUGGUGUAUCUCAGACACUACCACCUCAACCAGUUCAUCAGCAGCCACCACAUUGUCCAGGACCAUCGGCACACCCUCGUUCAGAGGAGGACGAUGAUGAUGACGACUUCAUGCAACCCCCAACCAGGCACCCGGUAACGAACAAUAAUCAACGCCGUACUACAAAUGUUGUUGUCAAUGCACGCAGAGAUGGAAAACUGCAGAAGAAAAAUGCCCCUCGCACGGAACCACCUAUGAAGGAAGCAUGCAAGGCCCUGUCUGCUUUCAAGGAUUUUAUUGGUUUACAAGAAGAUGAGGGUGUGCACACCAAGUAUCUGCAAGAGAUCUGGGAGGCCGACAUUGAGUUAGACUCUAGGAUGCUUGACGAUGACAUGUGCAUUAAAAUUUUCUUCAUGAUUGCUUCUAACAAGCUGUUGUUUCCUUCAUCGGACAACAACAUCAGGGCGAAAGAUGUUUAUUUGGCUAGGAAUUUGUCUCGACUACCCACUAUGAACUGGUGCAAGGCUGUUACUGAUGAAAUCCGAGAUGCUGCACGCACGUGGCGACUUGAUAGAACAACAAAAGUUUCGCCUUCAAUUACAGGAUGCGCGAUUUUUCUGUUGAUAGUUUAUUUGGAUAACUUACGCUGCAACCACCAGAUCAAUCACAAGGAUAUUCCCCGUGCCAACUACUUUAAUCAAGAUUUGAUCAAGAAAAUAAUUGCUGCUGACAAGACAAAGGACGACCAAGGAAAGGUCACAUUUGGGCGAUUACCGCUUAGGGACAUCAAUGAUACGGUUUACUACAUGCCUCAUCAUUCUAUUCCAGAAAAGCCAGCAAACAUACAACCUGUGACUAAUAUACAGUUCCCUACCAUUCUUUCAGAACUAGGUGGAGUAGUAAAUGUGACGGUUGCUAAGCUAAAGAGGAAGCUGUUAGUGCAAGCUUUGGCACAAUUUGAUAUCAAAUCGAAAAAGGCAACAACUUUUUUAAACAAGGGACAACUAAUGCUACAAGCUUCACAUGACCAGCUCGUUGCAAAGGUGCGGUCAAUUUUGGAGAACCAGAGUUGUGAGAAUAACAGCAUAGAUCACCAGGCUCAACCAACUGCUCCUAGUGCAGGAUUUGUCACUAACCAACACAUACACCGGGAGGCACAUGUGCCACUGCAACAGAACAGUCCCACAAAGGCAGCGGCACCACAUCCCACUGAUGCCACAGCGAAUGCCGAGUCAGAACAGGAAUUGGAUCAUGAACACUCACCGGUUCACACGGAUGUGACAAUUGGUGAUGUUGUUCCUCCAAUUCUGGAUCAGGCGACGGACCAAGGAGGCACUGGACAAGCAUCACAGAUUGGCAGCCCCAACGUCAAUGUUCAUGGAGGAACCUCAUCCCUGGAUUCUCUAGUUGACCUCAUUAGUGCAUCUGUUAUACCUACUGCCCACCCACAAACUACAACAACUGACACGAUGACAUCAGAGGCUGUUGUGCUUACUCAGACCCAACAUCAGCUUCCUGAUGAGGUUCUACGACCUGAUAGCACCAUUGAUGAUGAGCCCCUCCUACCUGCUGCUGUUUAUCCAAAACCACAACACCUUACAAGACGCCCAUCCAAGUACGUGUCGCCAUUCAAAGGUGACCCAAUGCGAACACGAGUACCAAUGUCAAAGGCACUAGCUGUGAGGAAGAAGUUUCUCCCUAGUCUCAAGAGUUUAAAUCAGGUUUUCAUUAGCAUAGGGUUCAUAGAAUUCACUGGCAAUGAAAUAUUAGAUUCCUUCCCUGAUGAUCAGGAGCUUUCGAGCAAAUUUAUGUCCUACCUUGUUCAAUGCUUGAGCCAUGACGAAUCAGUCCGCAUGCCUGAUGGUGGUGGCUACAGGGUGUUCCUAUCCCACCGGAUUGGGGAAUACGUCAAUAUGGAGGAUGAGGAGGAAUUCGAAGAGUGGCAGUUUCAUAAUGCCCUUGAAAUUCUAGAGAGUGACAUUGCUGCUGUUGACACAACUAAUGUUAAGCUAUUCUUUUUGCCGAUUAUGGAGGAGGACCACUAUACUGUUUACUGCAUCAACCUUAUACAUGACCGAAUAUAUAUACUCGAUUCUAGUCCUGAUGACCAUAGGCUUUACCAUGAAGUCGUGGGAAACAGAAUUAUUCCAAGGCUCAAUCUUCUGUUCCAGGAGGCCACAGAUGGUAAGUUUAAGUCAUUUACUCGAUUCAGGCGACCCAUCCUACCUGUCCCGCUGCAGCGCAAUGCCACCGACAGUGGAUACUUUGCCAUCAAAUUCAUGGAGUUAUGGAAUGGUGAAUCUUUCCAUCUUCCAAUCCUCACGGAAAAUGCGGCAAUGUUUAGAGAUCAGCUUCUCUACUACGCCAUCUAUCACCAAAUCAACACUAUUGACAAGCUUCCUGCUGGACUAGAAGCACUCAAGCCACGUCGAUGA